GAUCGACUUUACGAUUCAAAUCUAAUUUUUAUGAUGAUUAUAUGGGGCAUAAUUAUAACUAAUGUCUGUCAAUAACAUUCGAUCAUGGCUAGCGAGAUAUAAAAGUUUAAAGAAAAGCGAUCUCGCUAAUUUCGCUUGUGAUAUACAUUCCCACGAUGCCCUGAUAAAUGAUAUAUUCUACGUUUUAAACGAUCCCAGGCAUCAAGAAUACGAUCCUGUGUAUCAUCAGCUCUACGAUUUUUACCGUUCCGAAGAACAUAAAUUGCGUCUGUUCUGUGUUCAGUUUAUUCCCACCCUCGUGUAUACCUAUCUCAAAGAACAUUCCAGGCUAAAAGGGUUCGAUGCUGAAAUUUACUCGAAGCUAGAAUCCUUCCUUGUGUCUAUUCACAACUUGUCUUUAGCAAAUGGAAUAUUGCAAUGUGAUACGAGCGAUAUGCAAGGAUGCGAGAUUUUCUACCCAUUGAACCAUCCCAGUAUUUAUCACAAUCCACAAUUUAUUUCUUCAGCCAUCUUGUCAGAGCAUUAUGGAAUUUUUUCGGAUCUUAGCCUCGAUCGUUCUCGUUUUUUGAUCAAUAAUAUGUCAAUAUCGCAUUUCAAUCAGGCGAUUUCCAGUGAUUGCAAUUAUGGUCAGCGUUCUGUCGAUUUUUUAUAUUUUGACCAAAUACCUGAUACCGAACUGGUAUUCACCAUCAACGCCCAAAAUAGAUUUCAAAUACUGACCGUUCUCAUAUACCUCUACAAUUUAUUCCUGGCCGAAUAUCCUUUGAGAUCUCUUAAGUUAGCCUGUAUGGUCGUUGUUAACACGUGUUUAUCUAGUUUCAACGAACACCUCCAUAGAGCAUCCAUUAGGAACUCUCUUUACGAAGAUACUCCCGAAAACAGGAUAUUGGCAAACGAAAAUUUAUACGUCCAAUUUCUUAGGACGAUCUACUUUUGCUUGUACAAUGGUGUUUCAGAACAAGCCCUAGAGGCCCUAGAAGCUUUGAAUACACGAUCAACCUAUCACCUCUACUCGAGAAUACUUAUGAUGGUAGGAUGCAUCAAAAAUUCUAUCCUUCCGUCUCCCGCCAUGAUGUCUCAACUAAGUAGGUCCCUUAAGUACCGCCCGCUUGAUCUGACCUCUUCCCCGUUGGCUCUCUAUCUAUCUUCCGUUCCGAUGACGCACGCCCCCAAAUCAGCCAUAACCAACGCUUCUUUCAAGCUCAAAAAAUUGCCUGAGGACAUCUCACCCGUUAUGCCUCCAUUCACGCAAGGACUCCACAAAAAUUUGGAAACUUUAAAAGAGGAAGAUCAGCGCAUGGCCGAAGGCGAAACCAAACCUAUAACAAUAUUUGCAGAGAAAAAACUUGUAUCCAAAUCUCAAUCGACUGCUAACCGCUUAAAAGAUGUUUUCUUGCCUCACCCUCAUCAGCCACAUUUGGCGCCAGAUCACGUGAGCACGUACGAAACAUCUCAACAUCCCAUAAAUGCUCUCAGCUCUUUUUUGCCCCAAGGAGCGGCUAAGUAUUGGGCUAAAGCUUUUUCUAUGCAAAAUCAAGGUGGUGAGCCAACUUAUUCCGGACUACCUGGGACCGAAUCAAAGCGAUCUUCAUUCAGCCAUAGUAUUCGCGCUGCCACCAUUCAGUUACCAGCUAACCAAACUGGUCCGGCUGCUACCAACGCCAAAAUCAAGCGAAAACUAGAUCAAGUCAAGAACAAGCUGAAGGAAAUGCAAGCAUCCACCCCACCACAUAUCACCACCGCUGCUAAUCAUCAAGCGGCCUGUCGUAUCCAUCCUAGCAACAGCGAUUCUGAUUCGGAACUCAAGCCGUUUCCAUUCGAAUCGGACCGUGAUAUUUCUAAAGCAAAUAGCGCAGACGAAACAUCUAAGGAUGCGGGUGGUGUUGCCGGUCUCGGCAAAAAACUCAUGAAAGAAUGGAAAGAAUUAAACAAGGACAAAGAGGAAAAGGACAAACACAAGAAAGUAUCAGGUCAUCCCAUAUCGCUCGAGAGGAUUGAACUUAUGCGAACCUCUAUCAUGGCUGACAUGCCCAGCAUAAAGCCCUCCUUGCCUCCCCUCACACCUGUACCUCAUGGCUCGUCUAGCCAUGGAAUAAUAAUACCGGAUCGACAUCAGCCCUCUAUCUUGCCCAUCAUUUCUGACCUGUACGAGGAUGAAAAGGAUAGGGAAACGGUACAGAUUUCAUCUCAACAAAAUCAGGCAGGACUAGGAGAAGAACAACGUAAGGCUACAGCACAUCGCAUUAAAAUCUUUUUCGAUAGCGCCAUCUCUAACGUAAAAGAAGAAUUUGAGAAGAAGGAAGAUUCCCACAACAUCGCUAAAAAGGAUAUUGAAAGUGACGACCUGACUGCUCACAGAAAAAAGGACAAAAAACGCAAACUCUUGACCCAAUUUCUUGAUCAUCGGGCUCCUUUGCCUGAAUCCGAUACAAGUUCGGAUAAAGACAAUGUUGAUGCUGAUCACGGAGAAAUGGAAAGUGGAAAUGGAAUGGUUAUAGCUGAGAGACUAGGAAUCGGUUCGAAUCAAUAUGAAGAAGGGCAUAGGGUAUUUUCGCAGCAAGAGGCAGAUGAGGAAAGUUUUAUCAGCGAAAAAUUUAAUCGGUUGCAAAAAAUGAAAAACAAACAAUCAAUCAAACCAUUUUAUCCCUGCAACGAACCAUCUUCCCUUGAACAAUCCCAAUUGCCUUAUCAACCUGCCUUGCACGCUUUUAAGGGCUUGAAAUUCAACAAGAAACACUCCAAGCGUCAUUCCGACGCCGAAAAUAAUAAUCAAAUUCAAGAACCUCAUAUCACCAGGCCAAUAAUUCACGCCAGUCAAUCUUGUCAGGUUAGCCAAGAGCUGCAUGCUAACAAAACCUAUCCAGAGCUCCUGGAUAAAAACAUCCUUAUUCAAGAACAUAAGAAAUCUGUUGAAUCUCCCUCUACUUUCUCCGAGAAUUUGGAAGGCAUUUUUAAGGGCAAUAAAAAAUCAGUCGCUACCUUCGAUAAAAUACCCAAACAAUUGCGUUACAAGAAAAAGAAUAGGAAGAAAAACAAGGAUCAUACUUCCCGGAGCCUGAGUGUAUCGGCUCCUUCUAGUGGGACUGAUUCUAGCGAGGAAACAUUAAACAAAUUGGCCGGUAAGUUGAAGAAGAUGCUCAACGUAUCCUCAUCCCCUGGGGAUUGAAAUUUCGGGUCCUAUUUAUUAAAAUUCCUUUUUAGUAUAAACAGUCUAUUUAUUCCGACCCGCGAUUCAGAGAUAUAUUAUAAACAGCUUGAUUCGGGAAGCUGUUUUUGCUAUUUUGAUUUUUCUCUUAGGUUUUUUUAGAUCAUCUUAAAUAACAAAAAGAUUGAGAGAGAUGCUUGUUGAAAAUUUUGUUAAAAAAUAAUAAUUCCUCAUUUUUAAUGUUUACAGUUAAAGGCUUUAUAAGUUAACAGAUGAU